UACAAAUCCAAGCCAUUAAUAAUAAUAAUAAUAAUAAACUAGAUACCAAACUGAGUGGAAAUAGUAAAGUCGAGUGGCUAGACUGUCACUCACUGAACACUGCGAAAGGCCUAAAAGCGCACAAAAACAUUAAGAGGCGAAGACAGAAGAAGCAGUCGAUUUACAUAAGCUCAUCACGAAGCGGUUGGAAUUUGGAUCCAAGAAUGUGAAAAUCCCUGUCAAGGCCAUUAUCACUAGUUUCAAAACGUUACUCCACCAACUCUUAGUUUUGACUGUUGGGUUGUUUCUACCUCACGGUUGUGUAAGUGCUGAUUGUUGUCGGUCAGUCAUCUUCAAAUGGUGAGUUUGGCACCGGGAGUAAAGCAUCUCCAAAGAUUUCUGCCACCGCUUAACUCGAAAACUGGUCGCGUGCAUAUAUUUUUCUUCACUUUGGUGAUAUACUCGUGCUAUCACUUAUCCCGAAAACCGAUUAGUAUUGUAAAGUCAGUACUUCAUCAGAAUUGUUCUGAAGAAGCCCACAAAGAGGGGAAAAUCAUAGAUCCUGGAAACGAAACAUUCUGUGACUGGGCCCCUUUUGAUGGUCAAAAUUAUGAUUCCCUUUUUGGAACACUUGAUCUUAUUUUCCUCUCCUUUUACGCCGUUAGUAUGUUCUUAAGUGGACAUGUUGCCGAUAAAAUUGACCUUAGAAUUUACCUAUGCUUUGGUACUCUUCUUUCUGGUGUGACGACAAUAGCCUUUGGUCUUGGAUACUUUUUCAAUGUUCACUCGUUUGCUUACUAUGCAGUUACUCAGGGUGUUGCUGGAAUAGUUCAAGCAUCCGGUUGGCCGGCAGUUGUAGCUUGUAUGGGGAAUUGGUUUGGUAAAAAUAAGAGAGGAUUUUUUAUGGGAGUUUGGACAGCGCAUUCUAGCAUUGGAAACAUUUUGGGCUCCUUAGUUGCUGGUGCCUUUGUAGAAAUAGCUUGGGGAUGGUCAUUUGUUAUUCCAGGAUUAAUAAUUGGACUUCUCAGCGUACCAAUUUAUCUGUUUCUUGUACCGUAUCCUGAAUGUGUUGAAGUUCAACUUCCUGUCCAGCAUAACGCAAGUGAUUAUGGUUCCAUUAACCAACAAAUCAGAGAUGGAAACUCGUUUGAAGAAUCGCUUGGAACAACUAGUUCACAAUGUAAUCUUUUAAUACCAACAAAAAAGAACUCUUCAUCAUUUCUGUCUGCACUAAAAGUACCUGGUGUUAUUGAAUAUUCAUUGACUUUAUUCUUCUCUAAGCUAGUUUCUUAUACUUUCCUAUUUUGGUUACCUAUGUAUAUACGUGAAGCAGGCGGUUUCGACCCAUCAUCAUCAGCUGAUUUAUCAGCUGUUUUUGAUUUAGGUGGAAUACUCGGUGGAAUUAUCGCUGGUUAUGUAUCCGAUUGUACUGGAUCAAGUGCUAUUACAUGUGUUGUAAUGAUUGCUUUGUCGAUACCUACGUUGUAUCUAUACUCAGUCGUUGGAUUUCGUUCUUUAGCUCAUUGUAUCGGUUUAUUAAUCCCAUUGGGAUUGUUUGUUAAUGGUCCUUACGCUUUGAUUACAACAGCAGUUUCAGCUGAUCUAGGUACUCAUCUUUCAUUGUCUAAAAAUUCUCGUGCAUUGGCUACAGUAACAGGUAUUAUUGAUGGAACAGGUUCAGUUGGUACGUUGUGCUAACAAUACUCACUUCAUGUUGCACUUAGUUUUAUUCAUAGUUGCGGCUAUUUAUCCUUGAUACUUUGAUGAGGAAAAUCUUAUUAGUAUAUAUCUAAAGCUAACAAAUCCGUAAAAAUGUAAUUCAAAUGACCUAACCUAUCGACAGUGGAGAUUUGUAUACCAUGUGUUGAAUGGAGUCACAAUAUCUAACAGUUUCUACACUUUGUUGAUAACUUUAAGUAAAUCCGUCCAAUGGUUAAUUAAUAUUCUUAAUAUACAGUAAUAUAUUGUCAGUCAUUUGUUAAACAUAGGUUUAUAUCAAACAUUUUAUAAUCUGUUUCGAACCAGUGAAUAACCAAAGUAUUAUAUAUUUUGGUAGGUCUUUGCGCAAAUCAAGCAUUAAAUUAGUAAUAUCAAAUGAAGGGAAUUAUUUAAUCUUAGAAUGUUAAUUAUUGAGUCCUGACUUAUUGCCUCAGCUGUUAUAUUCAUAUUUGUCCAUCACAUUGAAUAUACAUUUAAAUAUAUGUGGUGUUCAUGGUAUUCGAAUGUCCAACUAAUCUGCAUACCGUAUUGAAAGAAGAGUAAAACGAUGCCGUUAAGAGUGAAGGAAUAAGUUAUUUCAUAAUUGGUACAUCUAAGCAGCUGCAAAUUGAUUCUAGCCACUUUUUAGUUAAAUUGUUUCCAUUAUAAAACUGCUGUAGAAGUUUAACCGUUAGUUUCUUCACUAACUGAACUUAUUUGGUAACAUUGAAGUAUAGGGUUUUAAGCUGUUUAUUGUUAGAUUGUGUUUUAAUACCUUUUGUCGACUUCAUUAUGAUCGAAGAAUAAAGGUGAAUGAAAUCUAGGUUAAACUAUAUUAUACCGAUGACCUUAGGUAGUUUUUAGGAGUGACCUUGAGAUCAACUAAUCAUAAUGCAGUCUUUGUGAAAGAAUUCUAUAUUACGAAAUGAUAAAAUUACAAAGGAUUAAAUAUUUUAAGACGAAUAGUAAACUUAUCAGGGCUAAAUAUCGGCAAGUUAGACUGAAGAUCAUUACCGUAACCUUAACUCGUAUUCCUAACACUUUAUUCCGCAAAAACGUCAUCCCGUCGUUUCAAGUUCCGUAAUAGUUGUUGGAACCAUUACUUUCAACAACCAGCUAUUCACACUGGCGUUUUAAAUUUGUUCGAAUAUUCCCUAAUUAACUAUCUUAAUUUUGGAACGACAUAUGUAAACGAACAAUAUUGUUUUAAAUUAGAUAUUCAUCAGGCUUUACUCUAAUGUACAUAGAUAUUUACAUGGAAAUAUUAAACCAAUGGAGGCAUUACAUUAGUCAAUAGUCACAAUCCGGCAGAUUACUUAACUAAAUAUGAUAGUAUCAGAAGGGAUUUUUGUGGAUAUUAUAGUAAUUUCAAUAGCCGAGAUCAUGAGUCACUUGAAUUUGAACCACCAUGGGAAACCUGAAAGCACUGGACGGCCGUCUCGUCCUAUUGUGUGACUCCUCGGCACUGCGCAUCCACGAUUCCACCUCGCGAGAUUCGAACCCAGGACUUAUCGGCCUCGCGCGCGAACGCUUAACCCCUAGACCACUGAACUUGCCGGCAUCCAACGGUGUUAAUGUCUAACUCACUGACGGCAAUGGUGGACGUGUCGCUCAAUUUCGUGGAUUAGUCGGAGUAAAUAAUGGAAAUUGAUAGUAAGAAGGCAAGUGUACAAGUAGUAGUGAUACAGUUUAUAAAAUAACAAAAGUUCUGAUCAAUAGUCCAACAUAAGAAGUAGGUCAAACUUCGAUAAAUAGUUUUUGAAAUAAUAAUCGCAUAAACUAGUUAAAAUUUGGCGGCCUGCUUGAAUAUCUGGGUUACUUGUUUUUGCCAUCUGAUUAUUUCAACAAGUUAUCUGUUUUUUCAUUUGUUUUAACUUAUAAUUAUGUCCAUUAAUCGCAUAACCUAUUCAGACGCUUUUAUGAAAAGCCUACGACCUUUCGCUGCACAAGUUACCAAAAAGUACUAUCAAAGACAUCGUGGUGGUUGGCAAUAUGCGUUAAAGAGAAUGAACAUUAAUCGUAUGUCGAUUCCCGAGCUGCUAAAUUCUAACUACUGAUCACUAAUCAACAACAUGGACUAUCUUCAAUUCCCACUAAGUCAAAAUAUGUAUCGUAAUUGUGGUGUCAUCAAAAUUCAAGAAUCUUGGUUAAAUGAUUUACAGGAUGACUGCCUAGUAUCACUACGUGAUUUCAAAAUUUAUCGUCAGGAUCGAUCAAACAACAAAAAGAGGUGUGGUGGUAGUGUAGCUACGUUUGUAAACAUAAACUGGUGUCGAUCUUCGUUUGUGUGUUUUAAGUUUUCAAAUGCCUUUAUCAACUGUCAAACUCUAAGAUGUUGUCCAAAACAUCUGAAUAAAUACAAAUAUGUUUAUGUUACCAAUAUCUACGUUACUCCAGAUUGCACAUCAUCUGCACUAUCUGUUUUCGCUGAUGAAUUCACUGAGUUCGCUGUUUCUGCCUUCAGUGACUCACUUUCAGUUGUAUGUGGUGAUUUCAAUUCAUGUGACUGUAACUUCCUUACGUCACUAGGUCACCAAAAUUUAGUAGAUUUUCCUACCCGUUUGAAUGCUCAUUUAGACUUCGUCUUGAUUAAUGAUGUGGGUAUAUAUGCGACUCGUAAACGUGCUCCACUGUCUAGCUCGGAUCACUGUAUAAUUCGUGUUCUACCUAAAGUAUAUGGAAAGCGUGGGAAGAGUACACUCUUACAUCAAACCAAGAAAGUCAAAUAUAGGGAUUACUCAGAAGAAAAUAUCCGAAAUCUGAAAAACAUGUUUCAUACGACUAACUGGGAAUCAUUUACAGAUGACACACUGGAAAACACUACUGAUGUUAUCACUUGUUACCUUAAAUUCUGUUUUGAUAUUUGUUGUCCCACUGAAACCAUUUUUGUAAGUUUUGAUCGACUUACAUCUUCACAACUAAAACGACUACGGAGGGUGAAAGAAAGAAUGUACAAGGAGAAAAACUCUUAUGAAAUUCGUAAGCUAAAUGGUCUGAUAAACCUAGAGAUUAGACGUCUCAACUGUAUGUCUACUCAAAAACUCUUGUUUUGCAAAAACUCUCCAAGUAUGUGGAAACUCUUUAAAGAACUUACAGGUGACAGACAGUUUAGAAGCGAUAACCAGCUGAAUGUUUGUGACUUAAAUAUGUCUUUUGUACGUCAGUCAUCUAAUGUGAUGCUCCCUCUAUCCACGGGUUUAAAUAAUAGCUGUUUUCCUACUUUCACUGAGACUGAUGUACGAGGAUGUCUCCAGUCGCUUAAUUCAUCUCGAUGUUUGGGACCUGAUGGUAUCCCAAAUAUCCUUUGUAAAAAGUGUGCUGACGUCCUAUGUUAUCCGUUCACAACUAUCUUUAACAGAUCCUUCUCAUCUAAUCUCAUACCGAAAAUGUAGAGAAAGAUGUAGAUAAUUCCUGUACCCAAGAAAGCAUCUGGUGAUAAGAAUGUAAAAUUUAGACUUAUUGCAAUAACUUCACUCUUCCUCAAAACAAUGGAAAAAUUAUUAAUACUUCCACUUCAGCCUGCGAUAAAAGAGCAUAUUGAUCCAUAUCAGAUUGCAUACAGACGCAAAAGAAGCACUUUAGAUGCUGUUGCUGUCCUUCAUCACAACAUAGUGUUCAACUUAGAAAAGGGUAAGAAGUAUGUUCGAUGUGCUUUUCUGGACUAUGCUUCAGCUUUUGAUUCCAUACCAAGACAACGAUUAAUCAACAAGUUAAUCAGCGUCGACACUGACAGCUGGAUAACCAACUGGCUAUGUUCCUACCUCUCUGGAAGGGAACAGUACACUGUGUUUGGAGGAAAGUGUUCAGAGUCUCUUCUGUCUCAUGAAGGGGUACCACAAGGAGUUGUUCUUUCACCUCUUCUUCUCUUUUUUUCUGCAUGAUCUGCCAUCUUCCACAGAAAACACUCUUGUGGAAUAUGCGGAUAAUCUCACUGUAUGUAUGCCUAUCUCUUCCUCUUUACAUUCCAUAGAAAUGAAUGAGUUUUGUUUCGUAUUGAUUGUUGGUCUGUUGGUAAUGGUAUCAUACUUAAUCCGUCUAAAUGUCAAGCUGUUAACUUUAGCAUGAGACAUGAACGGGAUCUAAACACCAUUUUGAGAUCCCAUAAUGCUUGUACCAUUGGAGACUCUUUGAUAAACACAGUAUCGAAGGUCAAUUAUCUUGGUGUCACCUUUUCCUCUGAUCUAUCUUGGUCUUCCCACGUUUUAUUGUUAUCGAAGAAGGCUUUCCGUCUGACUUACUACAUAAAGAGAUUGCAUGCUCUCGGGAUUACUCGUCAUUUACUCUUACAAUUUGUCAAUUCUUGCAUAUUACCUAUUAUUCUUUACUGUUCUCCAUUAUUCUUUCCCGGGCUCUUGAGAAAAGACUGCUGUAUUGCGGAGAGUGCUGAAGGCAGUUAGCAAGAUGUGUGGUGAAUCUUUCGAGGUCAUAAUUACUAUGGUUGUGGAUAGACACCUAAAGUCAUGCAAACUCCUGAUAGGUGUUAUUUUAUCAGAUACUAACCAUCCCCUUCACUCAUAUCUUUCUCCUUGUAUAUCUUUUGGUAGAACGAGACGUAAUUACAUUAAAAUCCAUGCACCCAAGCAAAAGUAUAAAAGUUCUAUAAUACCUUACCUAGCAAAUAUACUCUGUGACGAACAGGUUGUUAGAGUUAACCUAGUCAAUAACCUGCAUUCUUAACAUGUCUCUAAUUUUAAAAGUUGUACAGGUUUUCGGUUUUUUUUUAGAAAAAACUUUUAUUUCUUUUUGUAUUUGUUACUGUGUUUUUUUUGUUGUUGCGUAAGUAACUUGAUAGCGGAUAAUACCCUGUACUGAGAAUUCUAUAUUAUACCAAAAUAUAAUAUUAAAUAAAGCCAUUAAUAAUAAUAAUAAUAAAAUUACGUAAUAAAACUCGUGUAAACAAUCAGAUAGUGAAGAAUAUAAAUAGAAUGAGAUGAUUGACGAAAAAAUGCGUAAUGUGAAGAAUUGAUAAAAUCGUUCGUUAAGUCGUUUUGUUUUCGACAAUAAUUAUUGUAGACAAAUUGAUAAAAUAGCUAUGGGCUCAUAUUUAAGUCCAGUUUUAGCUUAUUUCUUCUUAACAAUAAGAAAUGAACCGUUCAUGUAAGCUAUCAAUAAACUAGAUCUACACUUCCGUUACGUGGAUAACACAUUCGUGACCGUAGAUCAAAAUACUAAUAAUGAAGAAGUCGUAAAUCAGUUUAAUAGCGUACACUCAUCAACUUCAUAGGUUGAUACUAUAGUUUGGUCUGUUCACUCCUAGAUUUUCUGCUGAUCUACUCCUAUGUCAUUCAAGAUCUAACCUGGGGGCAGCCAGUAACAAGGCCUGUAUAACAUGUAUAUUAGCUAUUUCAGUUAAUAAACGUUUAUGGUUUAAUUAAUUGACUUAUCAUUUCUAUUUAUAUAUCAUACAUUAUUACUGUCGUCGUUUUUACAAUCAUUGUAACUGUAUAAAAGAUAAAUAUUCUUAUUUCAUCGGCGGCAUGAUGUGUUGUUUUCAUUUUUCACAUUCGUUAAAUUAGGUGCAGCACUCGGACCUUUACUGUGUGGUCUCAUGAAACCAUAUGGUUGGUCUGUCAUUAUUAUUAUGCUUAUGGUCGCGUUAGCUCUGGCUGCAGUCGUAAGUUGUGUUUUCUAUUACUUAUUCUUUUAUCUCCAAAUAAUCUGCUCUUAAAAUGUGUUAUAAGUUCUUGUGUUCUGCGGUCUGAUCCAUUUACGAUAUGUACGCUUCUUGCAGUAUACCAAACCCGCUAUGCAGAUAAGAAGAGUGCAUGACUGGGAUGUUUAAUUGCCGAGCCGAAUAGUAAUGUGGACAGAUCAUGGAUAGUUAAACAGUUGUCUUCCGUGACCUAGAUAGCUGUAUGUGGGUUGAGACCCUUGUCUAAAAUAUAUGCUACUUCUUUCCGUCUCAUUUUUUCUAAGUGAUUUCCCACUUAACAUUUAAACUUCAGAUGACUCGUGACCGUCUAGAUUUGGAGAAAUCAGGCAAUAUCUAAAAAUCUUAUUAUCAUCUCCCCCUCCUGAUAAGUUUUUCCGUUUAUUUUUAGUUGAUGUGAGGAACAUGAACUUCCUACGUAAUAAAGUAUUUAAGAACUUGUGGAAGAUUACUUCCUAAUUUAAAUAUUUCCACCCCAUAUAUCAGCUAAAAAUUGCUAACUGGGACCUGCCACCCACCAUAUGAGGUAGAAAACUCCAACUAAGAGUCACCAGACGAUUCCAUUCUAGGAUCUUUCCACCUGUCGCCAAAUGCUACUCAUGAUCUUGAUGUCUGGCUCCAAUUAUCAGCGACAUUUUUUGGCCUGCUUCUUUUCCUUUUGUCUUGAAGAAUAUAAGUCAGGGCUUGACUUGUGGUUCAGUUUGAUGAUUUCCGUAAACUGUAUCCGAUCCACCUCCAGUUUCCUUUCCCGAUUUCCUCCUCAACCGGCAGUUGGUUUGUUAUCUGUAAUAGGUAGGAUUUCCCAUUCGGUUCAGCAGCACUGUUGAAGUGGUUUUUGUACUGACAGAGGCUUGAUUGCAGAAUUCUGAAUGAAGCUCUCUGUCGUUACCGCAAGGUUCAAGCUGUGGGAUGGAUUAUGGUUAGUCACAGGAUUGACAAACACCUCAUCAAAUUUCAUCCAGCCGAAAAAGCAGUCAAGAAAAUACCGUAAUUGAAUUAUUUUGAUCACAUAACUUCCCAUGUUCAUAAAUUAUCUUGUGUCAUUUUAUAUUGGCUUUUGUGUUUAAUGGAUAGAAAGUAUACUUGUUAACUUAUUUGAUUUGAUUGCCUGGUAUUCACAGUUAAUUCUUGCAUAAGAAAUCCGAAUACUACUUGUUUAAAGAUAGAGUAAUGCAACUAUCAUUGUAUUAUAAUUUGCUGGUUUAUGAUACGACACAUGGUCAACUAUCUCUAGAUUCUUUUAUUUCAAAUUGUAUUGCACUCGAUAUAAUCACAUUAGAUAGAAAGCAUGUACUACCACGAUACGUUCAUUUUAUAAGUUUAGGAAUUAAGUAAAAAAAUGAUGACAUAUAUAUGUGCUUAUUUAUUAUGCUAAGCUUUUAUUACUGUCCGGUUAACUGUUAAAGUGGAAAUAUAUUAAAUGGUAUUAUGAUUCGAAAUGGUAGUGAACAAGAAUACGAGUGGGGACAAUCGAAUACAAUUUGACAAAAAAUUACAGAGGAUCUCAAUAAAAUCUGAGAACCAUAUAGUAAAUCAUUAAUUUGCAAAAUAUCAAUCCAUUGUCUCAAACUUGACUGUUCCUAUUGCGAACAUCAAUCCAUUGUCUCAGAUUUCAUUGUUCACCCGUUCUCAUACCAAUUGCGUUCCGUUCUCGCUCUUCUCUCAUCGACCUCCUACUCAAAUACAUUGUAUGUCUGACACCGUUACAUACUACUUAUGUGGAUAUAAGUAAACCACACCAUGGUAUUAGUCAUGAGACGUAAUUAGAUGUUAUAAAUAAAUUACCGCUAUUUUAAUUUUUAUUUCUAAUGCCGAUGUAACUCUUUUGUUUUAAAAAUCUCAUCACAGUUGCUUUUCCGUAUGGUAGCCAAUGAAAGUCGUCAAUGUUGUUUCAGUGUUGAACAAUCAUUAUUACCAUCAUCUUCAUCACUGUCGAAUGCGGCUGAUGCUUAAAAUCAGAAAUGGUUAUUCAGUAUUUUCCAAACCUAAGCAAGAUUUCAAAGAGAUUAAGUCGAAAUGCUUCAAUAGAUUUAUAAAACUUGAAUUUUGAUACUGUAUGUUCGUGUUUUCUGCAAAAAAAGGAGAGAAAACAAUGUAAUAUCAUCAUUGCUUAUUUGUCAAAGUUGAUUUUCCCAUUCUGUUGGUUUGUCGAUUUAUUUUCUCUUUUUUUUGAACUGACAAUGUUCUUAUCCAUUUUGACAUUGAUAAAAAAUAUUUAAGUUUUCUGUAUCCAAGAGGUGACAAUUAUGAUUAAGAUAGGGGGUAAUUUUUAAUCCAAAACUACUUAUCCACGUAAAAACUUUUUAAAAAAAAUGAGAGUAUAAAUGAUUUAAUAAUUAAUUUUAAUAAUAGUUUUCGAUACAUAUUUAGCUGAAAUUAUUGAUUUUUCUAUUUACAAUAUAAUAUACAUAGAAAUAUAUAUAUAUAUAUAUAUUUUUUUUCCGUAUUAUGUGUCAUUUUAUGAGUUCUAUUGUUUUAUCCGUUUACACGACUUGGCUACCCUUUUCAUUUUGCUUAAUGUAAAAUUAUAACAAUUUUAAUUUGUAUUAUUCUUGUCUUUCGUUCUAUUUUAUAUUCAAAAACUUUUCAAUUAUUACAAAUUAAUUAUAAUAAUAAUAAUAAUAAUAAUAAUAAUCUCUUUAUCAUAUUGUAAAAAUUGAGCAUGGAAUUAUGUUUCUUAUUAAUUGGUUAUUAGUUAUUUUCAAAAUAUAAUCAAGCAAUAAACUCUGAAUGUAUCAAUCAACGUUCACUGAUCUAUAUAUGUAUUAUGAAUUCUUUUAAAAGAUCGUCUUCCUUUUAAUUUAUGAUAAAUAAUAUCAAAUGUAUGAGAUUAACCGCGGUACACUUACGUUUAUUACUCCUCGUGGAGGAGCAUACGUCGCUCACCAGCAUUCAUCAUCCAACCCUAUCCUGGGCAAUCCUUUCCAGCUCUUUCCAGUUGUUAUUCAUCCUUUUCAUAUUUACUUCUGUUUCCCGACGUAGUGCUCUUUUGCCUUCCUCUUUUCUGCUUCCCUUCAGGAUUCCAAGUUGGCACCUGUCUCGUGAUAAAGUUUAGUGACUUCCGUAAUGUAUGUCUUAUCCAUUUCCAUCGUCUUUUCCUAAUUUCCUCUUCAACUGAAAGCUGGUUUGUCUUCUUCAACAGUAGGCUGUUGCUUAUGGUAUCCGGCCAAUCGAUGUUGAGUAUCUUGCGUAGACAAAUAUUUAUAAAUACUUGUACUUUCUUGAUUGUGGUUGUUGUAGUUCUCGACGUUUCAGCUCCGUACAAUAGAACUACCUUGACGUUUGUGUUGAAGAUUCUAACUUUGAUAUUGGUUGACAGUUGUUUUGAGUUCCAUAUGUACUUCAAUUGUAGGAAUGCGGCCCUGACUUUGCCAAUCCUGGCCUUUACGUCUGCAUCGGAUCCUCCUUGUUCAUCGAUGAUGCUUCUCAGGUAAGUGAAGGAUCCCACAUCUUCAAGAGUUUCACCAUUAAGUGGGAUUGGGUUAGUGUUCUCCGUGUUGUAUUUGAGGAUCUUGGUUUUUUCUUCGUGUAUGUUGAGGCCUACUGAUUCAGAGACUGCUGCUACACUAGUUAUCUUCAUCUGCAUUUGUUCGUGUGUAUGGGAUAGGAAGGCUAUGUCAUCUGCGAAGUCCAAAUCGUCUAAUUGGUCCUGAGAUGUCGAAGUCUUCAUAAUACAGUUGACCACCAUAAGAAAGUGGACGUAUUACACUGAUUCA